AUGCCUCCUAAAACCCGAAAACAUAGAUCUGGCCUAAGACAAGAUGAAGUUGCUUCAGCAUUGGACACUUUGAGAUCUGGUCCUUCUACCGCAAAAAAACAAAAAACUACAAAUGAAUCUAUUACCCAACCUUUGAAGCACAUGAACAAUAAUGUUGAAAAUGCUGAUGUUGAUGGCAUUGAUAAUGAUAUUUAA